AUGCAUGUAGAUUAUUCUGUCUAUCUUGUGACCGACAACACUCCCGCCAUUCUCGGCGACCAGCAUCUUGUCCAAGUCGUUCGUGCUGCCGUGGAAGGAGGUCCGAGAACAUCAGUCAUCAACACCUCGCGACUACUCGAUCUGACAUUUUUCCAGNGCGUCACAAUUGUUCAACUGCGUGACAAGACUAGCGACACUGCCGAGCAGAUUCGCAUUGCUAAAGCUCUCCAUGCUGUGACCAAGCCCGCAAACGUUCCCCUUCUCAUCAAUGACAGGGUAGACGUAGCUUUGGCUGCUGGUGUCGAGGGAGUUCAUAUCGGUCAGGAUGACAUCGGUAAGCAUGCUCUUCCACAUCAUCUGUCUNACCUCGCAUCUGCUCGCAGACUACUUGGAAAGGACGCCAUCAUUGGUGUAACCACAAACUCUCUGGAGGAAGCUGAGAUUGCUGCCANNCAGGGGGGAGCUGACUACCUCGGCGUGGGAACUGUAUUCGCUACUCCCACAAAGGAAAACACGAAGUCCAUCAUUGGCACUUCUGGAGUACAGCACAUCCUCGCCUCUCUAUCUCAAUCCGCACCUGGAAUCAAGACUGUCUGUAUCGGUGGCAUCAAUGCGAAGAACUGCCAACGUGUACUCUAUCAGACUGCAGCCGCAGAGAAGAGUCUCGAUGGUGUUGCUGUUGUUAGUGCCAUCAUGGCUGCCAAAGAUCCAAAGAAGGCUGCUUCUGAUCUCCGCCAACUUGUUGCGACUCCACCUCCCUUCGCUACUUCGAUCUCUGCUCCAGCGCUCUCUCAUGAGGACAUUGUGCGCAGAAUUCCAGAGCUUGUCAAGCGUCUAGCCAGCAAGAAGCCGCUAUGCCACAACAUGACCAACCUGGUUGUGCAGAACUUCGCUGCAAAUGUCGCUCUGGCCGUCGGCGCAAGUCCCAUCAUGUCGAACAACAGCAUGGAGGCCAGCGAUCUCGCAUCUUUCGGCGGUAGUCUUGUUAUCAACAUGGGCACCACCACUCCAGAGAUGCGGGCUCACCACUUGAACACCAUCUCGGCCUACAACAGCAUUGGCGGGCCUAUUUUGCUUGACCCCGUUGGCGCAGGAGCUACUCAACAGCGCCGUGAAGGUGUUGCAGCACUUAUGCGUGGCGGUUACUUCGACGUCAUCAAGGGCAACGAAGGUGAAAUUCGUACUGUUUCUGGAGCCACAGGCUUCAAGCAGCAUGGCGUGGACAGCGGUGCUUCAACCUUGAACCUGGAUGAUCGUGUCAAACUCGUCCAGUCAGUCGCCGCCAAAGAGCGUAACGUGAUCUUGAUGACUGGUGAGGUGGAUGUCAUCUCGGAUGGCAAGCGCACUUUCAAGAUCAGUAAUGGACACCCAUACUUGGGCGAAAUUACCGGGAGCGGGUGUACCCUGGGUACGACAAUCGCGAGCUUGCUAGCUGUCGAAAGGGAAGACAAGCUUCUCGCUGCUGUCACUGGCGUUUUGAUGUACGAGAUAGCUGCAGAGAGGGCUGCGAAGAAAGAUUCUGUCAAAGGGCCCGGCACUUUCGUCCCGGCUUUCAUCGACGAACUUUACGCAAUUCGUCAGGAAAGUGCAGCAGGAAACGGCGAUUGGGCAAAGGCGGCAAAGAUUGAACGCGCUGAUAGCUAA